AUGCCUAACCGGCUGCAGGUCGCAUUCAUAGCAUCGUUCCUCAUCACUUUUUUCUCUCUCGUCGCUGUGUCUCGCUUCAUCAAUUCGAAACUCAAGGCAGCCGGUUACAACAUCUCCGACUUGAUCCUCAUCGGUCUUCCCAAAAACCGUACAGAACAGGGCGCUAACGACGGGUACAUCCCUCCCCACACGACGCCAGGAAUGUCUGCCCCCGACUUCGCAAAUAGUUCCUAUGUCCAAUUGCUAGCCCUCGCAUUAACCGUGUUCACCAGUAUCUUCGUCUUUCUGAAGUUCGGGAACUCCAAGAGGAAGCCUGCGUUGGAUCCGCAGGUAUGGAAGGAGUUUCCUCUGAAGCAGAAAAUAAUCGUCUCGCCGAACACGGCACUCUACCGCUUUGCGCUACCAAAUCCCGAGGACAUCCUUGGGCUCCCGAUUGGCCAGCACAUUUCCGUUUCCGCUGAGAUCAAUGGGAAGGAUAUCAUGCGGAGCUACACGCCCACCAGCAGCGACGACAACCUUGGACACUUCGAUCUCCUCAUCAAGUCUUAUGAGAAGGGCAACAUUUCCCGCUACGUCUCGCUGCUCAAGAUCGGCGACAGCAUUCGCGUCAAGGGUCCCAAGGGUCAAUUCAGAUACUCGCCCGCGCUCUCGAGGGAAAUUGGCAUGAUCGCUGGUGGCACUGGUAUCACGCCCAUGCUUCAAAUCAUCCGCGCUGCUCUUAAGAACGCGCGGGAUCGCACGAAGCUCAGCCUGAUCUACGCCAACGUCAACCCUGAAGACAUUUUGCUCAAGAGGGAGCUCGACGAGCUUGCUGCAGCGCACGCUCACCGUUUCAGAGUGUACUUUGUUCUCAACAACCCUCCUGUUGACUGGACUGGCGGGGUUGGCUUUGUGAGCAAGGAGCAGAUUGAGAAGCAUUUGCCCCCAUCAAACCAUGACAUUAAGGUUCUGAUGUGUGGACCUCCUCCCAUGAUGUCUGCCAUGAAAAAACAUUUGGCUGAGCUCAACUACCCUACUCCGCGGACCGUCAGUAAGCUCGAUGACCAGGUUUUCCUGUUCUAA